CUCAUUGGUUGUUUCUACUGAUAGUGAGGGACACCUGACUAAAAACUCUACAUAGACAUUAUAAAUUGUCCAUACACUCCCAUAGAGAUAGCACGUAGGCACAUCGGACAGACAGAGAGAGCUGAAUAAAAUCCCUAUAUUUAAAGAUGUUGACCUCUCGAGCACUCGUGCGCGGGCUGAAGAGCUGGUUUUGGAGACCACUUUCAUCUACCAGCAGCGUGCAGGCUGCUCAUGGAAAAGGGUCAUUGGGAGUGCUGUAUGGCGCUGGACUACGCACUAUUCGGCCAGUAGAGGGAGUGAUAACAUCAUUGACUGUCCUGUAUGUGAGCCCUGAUGUGCUUGACCCCUCAGUGCCACAGUACAACAACCGCCUAGACACUCCUCUCUCUGACGUUCCAUUCGUUAGGAACCUCAACUCAGAGCAGAGGCAGCUCAAGGAGAAGGAGAAGGGGCCCUGGACCAAGCUCACCAAGGAGGAGAAAAUUGCAUUGUACCGUCUGACCCAUGAGCUGACCUACCCUGAGAUGAGGAGAGGCUCCAGUGAGUGGAAGACGGUACUGGGAGGGGUCUUCAUCUUCCUGGGCUUCUCUGGCAUGCUGGUCUGGUGGCAGAGGAUCUUUGUGUUUGGCGAGGUUCCUCACACUCUGUCUGAUGAAUGGGUGGAGAAGCAGACCCAGAGAAUGAUUGACAUGAGGAUAAACCCCAUCGGUGGGUUUGCCUAUCACUGGGACUACGCGAAGAAGCAGUGGAAAUAGGAACUUGUGUGUAUAUGAGCCGUUUUUGUUGCGUUAGUUCACUCUAAAUACAAAUGAACAUGAUUUUGCCAGUUCCCUUGGUUGUAGUUAAAGGUAAGUGGGAAAUCAUGUUAAUUUGUAUUUCGAGUGAACUAUCCCUUUAAGUGCCUCAGUAACAUUGCUCUCACUUUCAGGGCUGAACAUCAAUUCUUAUUUUAAGAUGGAUUCAUUCUAUAAACCAAAUAAACAUAAACUGUGACCAA